AUGUCUGUACCCAUCCGCAUACGUCACCCGAAAGGUGUCUCUACCCUUCAGGUUGACCUUAACUCGGAUUCAGCAACCGUACUCUCAUUGCAGCAGAGUAUUCACGAGUUGAGCGAUCUCCUUCCGUCCCAACAAGAGUUAAAGUCUGGGUAUCCACCUAAAGCACUUACCUUGAUACCCGAGCUACCAUUAUCAUCCCUUGGGCUCCAAAGAGGCGACCAGAUUACAGUCACAGCAAAGCCUGGCAGUGUGUCUGCUACUACUGGACCAUCGGUUCCUACAGCACCGGUUUCUGCGCCACGGCCUCCAGCGUCUGUUCAGACACCUAAAGCGAGCACGGGUUCUACCAACGAUGGAUUUGUUGAGACAGAUGUAGGAACACUGGUUCAUCGUGUUGUCCCGGACGAUAACUCCUGUCUAUUUUCGUCUGUUGCGAUUGUUUUCGGGCAGGACAUAACGGCAGCUCGGAAAAUGAGGUCCGUCGUGGUCGAUGUUAUCAAGAACGAUCCAGAGGCAUAUCCGGACGUUGUUUUGGGACAAUCUAGGGAAUCUUACAUGGCCGCAAUCUCCAAAGAUUCUACCUGGGGGGGAGCAAUUGAACUUUCCAUAUUUUCGGAUUAUUUCCGCACUGAAAUCGACAGCUACGAUGUAGAAACAGGUCGCUGCGAUAGGUUUGGAGAAGGAAAAUACGACAAUAGAUGUGUGUUAAUGUACUCUGGUAUUCACUACGAUGCCGUGUCUCUCGCUCCGACUCGAGAUGCUCCUCCAGAUUUUCAUACUACCGUCUUUCCAGUAGAUGGGUCCGAUAACAUAUCUCAAGCUGCCUCAAAACUCGCAUCCCAAUUACGAGCGUCGCGUAAGUUUACCAACACAAGCACUUUCGACUUGAAGUGUGAAAUUUGUGGUCAAGGCCUCAAGGGGGAAAAAGAGGCUCGUGCUCACGCUGCUCAAACUGGGCAUACAUCGUUUGGCGAAUACUAA